AUGAAGAUCCCGGGAAGUGUGAAAGAUGUCCAAAGGUUAGCGAGCAUACUCACCGCGCUAUCCCGUUUCCUCGGCGCCUCGGCAGCCAAAGCCCUACCUUUCUUUAACUUAAUGAAGAAGGGGAUCACAUUCGAAUGGACCCCGGCAUGUGAAGAGGCUUUCAAACAAUUCAAAGAAAUAGUCUCGUCACCACCCGUCCUUGCGAGGCCUAAGAAGGGAGAAGCGUUGUACUUGUACUUGGCAGUAACUGACGAGGCCUUGGCGACGGUCUUGGUGCGAGAAGAGGGGAAGACCCAGCAACCGAUAUAUUUUGUGAGUAAAGCACUGCAAGGAGCAGAGCUAAGAUAUAGCAAGUUGGAGAAAGUGGCAUAUGCGCUCCUGACAUCGUCGCGCAGAUUGCGGCAGUACUUUCAAGGACACCAGGCACGCAAUCAAGGCUCAAGCAUGGCUGACUUCCUGGUAGAAGUGACAGGGGACUGUGCCGAGACACCGAGCACACGGUGGAAGCUCCAUGUUGACGGAGCAUCCAACCAAACGUUCGGGGGAGCAGAAAUCAUCUUGAAGAACCCAGCUGGAGUUGUAUACGAGCAGUCAGUCAAAUUUGAUUUCCCAGUGUCAAACAAUCAAGCAGAGUAUGAGGCCCUACUGGGCGGCUUAGCUUUAGCAAGAGAGGUCGCAGCCACCAGACUGGAAGUAUGUAGCGACUCGCAGGUCAUAACUUCUCAGAUCAAUGGGGCCUACCAAGCCAGAGACUCGUUAUUACAGAAGUAUCUGGAGAAAGUCAAAGAGAUGAGCAAGCAAUUUGAGGAGGUUACGAUCCAACACGUUCUGAGAGAAAUGAACACACGGGCAGACCUCCUGUCCAAACUAGCGAGCACUAAACCAAGGACUGGCAACCGGUCUCUCAUUCAAGGUUUGAUAAAAGAACCAACGGUGGUCUUACAUCUAACCCAGUCAGAACCCUCUUGGAUGGACCCGAUCAUCGACUUCUUGGAAAAGGUCAAGCUUUCCAGCGAUGAGAAGGCGGCCAAAACAAUAAGGCGAGAAGCGGCCAAGUAUGCAAUCAUACAGGGCCAAUUGUUCAAAAAAGGGCUUAGCCAACCAUUGCUGAAAUGCCUACGCCCCGACCAAACGGAAUAUGUCCUCCGGGAAGUCCACGAAGGAUGUUGUGGUCACCACAUCGGAGGGAAGGCCUUAGCUAGGAAGCUUAUCAAAGCCGGAUAUUACUGGCCCUCCAUGAUGGCAGAUUCUAAGGAAUUUGUGAGAAGGUGCAAGAGAUGCCAGGAAAACUCUAACUUCCACAAAGCGCCAGCAACUAAACUCAGUCUUCUCACAGCUUCCCGACCUUUCUCGCAAUGGGGAAUUGACCUACUAGGACCCUUCCCGGUCGGGCCAGCACAGGUCAAGUACCUGAUAGUGGCAAUUGAUUAUUAUACCAAGUGGGUAGAGGCAGAGCCGUUGGCCAGCAUAUCCUCAGCCAAUUGUCGAAAGUUCAUGUGGAGGCACGUAAUAGCAAGAUUCGAAAUCCCAGAAGUCAUCAUCUCGGAUAACGGGACUCAGUUCACUGAUAAAAAAUUCGGAAAAUUCUUGGCCGGCUUGGGCAUAAAGCAAAAGUUCUCGUCAGUUGAGCAUCCCCAAACCAACAGACAAGUAGAGGCCGCGAACAAGGUCAUCUUGCAAGGCAUCAAGAAGUGA